AUGAGGAGACGACCGUUUCAUCUGCUUGAGAUCAUCCGCUGCCACAGUACCCACGACCGCAGAUACAGGUACAGCUACCGCUACGUUCGGGGCUUCACCAGCGCGUCGCGACUUCGCGGCCGGCCGCCGACAUCACCGAGCCUGAUGGCACCGCUCAAUCCCGCUUCGCAGGAAGCCAUUGACCGACUCCGGGGAUAUACACCCCCACCCACGGCAUAUGGCGACGUCCCACUGUCCAGGCGGGCCGCAGUGCUGAUCCUGCUCUACGCCGACCCCAAGGGUGACCUAAGGGUCGUGAUUACGAUCCGGGCCAAGACAUUGAGUUCGUGUGCGUACCUCCCCUUCCCCUGGGAGAUACAUGGCGUCCCUAGCCAUGGCCCUGGUCUCGCAAGGUCUUGGCCGGGCGCUGCGUCACGGACCUAUGAACAGCCCUGUUUUGAGGACCAGGGCCGCGUAGGAGCCGGUGCUGCACGACAUGGCAUGCGCGGCCGAGCGGACGCCCUGUCCGAAACGCCAUUCCAGACCGCGCGCCGCGAAGCUUGCGAGGAGAUCGGUCUGCCCGACAUCGCCCAGCCACUGCCGCCUCCCUUUGCCGUCGAGCAUCUCUGUGAGUUGCCGGCUAACUUGGCCAAAACAGAACUGGUCGUGCGGCCCUGCGUCGCCCUUCUGCACGCGUUUGAUCCGGCCACGGGAGCCAAUGCAGACCCGGAGAUCGAGCUGAUUCCUCGACUGGAUGCGCGUGAGGUCGCCGCUGUCUUUUCGGCGCGAUUUGACGAUUUCCUGCGCCUGAGGAGUAGUGAGGGUUCUGGGGUGGGGGAGUGGUAUAAAGGCUCUUGGAGUCGAUGGCAUAAUCAUAACUGGCGCAUGCACCAGUUCUUUGUGCGUGCCCACAACCACGCCAUUAGACCUCGCAGCCCGGACAACCCAGCCCAAAACGCAGCCGUCGACGCGCUCACCCAGCAAGAAGAAAGCGGCGUAGUCCAAAACUACCGCGUCUUCGGGAUGACGGCGCGCAUCAUCGUGGACGCGGCGCGGGUCGCGUUUGCGCGAGAGCCCGAAUUCGAGCAUAACAGCCAUUUUGGCGACGAAGCUAUGAUCGCCAAGUUGCGCCGGCUGGGCCGGUUGAGCGCAGUGCGUCGGCCGGGCGAUGAAUUAACCCGCGAGACGAUGGAGAAGGCAGCCAAACUCAGUUAG